AUGCUGCUCUGCACACAUGCGCAGUGUGAGACGAGUUUGUAAGAUGGCGGUGUGAGCGCGCGGCCUUCUCCUCCUAUGCACGAGAUUCCCGCGGUCAGCAUUCAAACAUCUGAUACUGAGUGUGUGGCGCGAACCGUUGGCGGGAGACAGUGUGAGCUGAGCUGUGAUGGCCAAACGGAUUGCUGAAAACGAGUUGACCGACAGGAACUGGGAUCAGGAAGAUGAAGGCGAGGAGGCAGGAAUGUUUUCAAUUGCGAGUGACGAUGUGAUGAAGAAUCGCGCCAUCAAGAAAGCCAGGCGUCGUAACGUAGGAGCAGAGGGAGAGAGUGGAGGGUCUUUCAAAGCAUUUAAGGGGUUCUCUCUGACCCCGGCCACAGGGUCGACAUCGUUCUCUGGCUUCGGUAAUGGUGCUGGUUUCAAACCUCUCUCCAGCCUGACCAAUGGCAGCGUAACAUCGGUGGCCCCAUCCUUUGCUGGUUUUAAUGUUCCCACAUCUGCGAAAACUAACAGUGGCCCCUUAAUGUUCAACAGCUCCACCCCCUCCAAACCCACAGAUGGUGAUGUCACCUCUAAUGGCUCCGCCCCUAGCAGUAAAGAAUACAACCGGCAGCUCACCGCACUAAACUGCUCUGUGCGCGACUGGAUCACCAAGCAUGUCAAUGACAACCCCCUGUGCGACCUCAACCCCAUCUUCCGUGAUUACGAGCGACACCUGGCCAGCAUCGAGAAGAAAUAUGGCAGCUGUGCAUCAGAAAGCGGGGUGGAGAGCACGUCGUUUGGAGGGGAUCAGAAGCAGCUUCUGACAGGUGGAAAAACUGCUUCCGUUUCUGUUUCUGGCACGAGUGCUGCUGUGACCGCAUCUGUCAGCGGUGCAGCGCCACAGCUCUUUUCAUUUAAAGACAAGGAUGUUGCUGCACCAGACAAACCAGCAGCCGUGGCUCCUCCAGGCGUCUCCUUUAAUUUUGGCCAGAAGGUGGACAGCUCUGUGCUAGGCACACUUGCGUCCAGCGGAGCACCGUCGUUCUCGUUUUCCUCCUCUUCAGGCGUGUCUGUGUUUGGAACAGCCGUCAGUAGUGUCAGUCCUGCGGUGUCAUCCUCUCUGAAUGCAGCCAGCAGCAGCCAGACUGCAGACGAGAACGGAGAGGAAUCGGAGGAGCCGCCUGUUCCUGUGGUGAAAGAGAUCAAGGAGAAAGACGCCUUCUACUCCAAAAAGUGUAAGUUGUUCUAUAAGAAGGACGGAGAGUUUAAGGAGAAGGGGGUGGGAACACUGCAUCUGAAGAUGGUGGCUGAGAGCAAACUUCAGCUUUUGGUGCGAGCCGACACCAACCUGGGGAACAUCUUGUUGAACAUCAUGGUGUCCUCUUCCAUGCCCUGCUCACGAACCGGCAAAAACAACGUGAUGGUGGUGUGCGUGCCAAACCCUCCUGUGGACGACAAGAACCCCAACACACCCGUCCCAGUGCUCAUACGCGUGAAAACAGGAGAGGACGCGGACGAGCUGCACCGAACCCUGCAAGAGAAGAAAGCCUAAAGCAGCAUCCAGCCCCGCUCAUAUGUGUUUGACUGAAUGAGGCUCGUACGACUCCAGUAACACAACACACACAUUUACUUUCGUCUAGAAGAGCUACUGUGAAAUCACUCGUGGUCCUACUGUAAGUGCUGCUCAUUGUAUCAAAGAUAAUGACCAUGGCCACAUUUGCUUAUAGCAAAGACACGAGUCUGGAUUCAUCGACAUUCCUUUGGGUUUUAAUUUAGCUGCUAUUUGAGGAAGUCUUUGAGGUUUAGAUGACAGUUUUUACAAGGAGCGUUUCAUGGAUUCGUUUUUAAUUCUGCGAGUGUGGAGAAGAUCUGUACAGUCUUCCAUGUUUGCAGGAGGGAUGGUUUAGAGGUCAGUAUUACAUUGAAGAUCUUGAAAUAUUGAUUUGCUUCUAAUGUUUUUUGAGAAAAAAUAAAACCAGGCACCCGGAGAUUUCCACUGCUCUAAUCAAAAGUAAUUCCCCACGGUUUUGAGGCAUAUAUAUGAGGAAGUGAUCACACAGAAGUGGUUAUUUUUUAUAUAUAUACACAACUCAUUUCCUCACAGUACUUUCUGUGCGGAUGUUGUGUACAUUGUAUGAUCUGAUGUGUGUAAACCACAGAACUGCUGCUUGAUGGCAAUCUGUCCUGAAAAUGAUCUCUGGAAGUUUUUCUUUCCCCUGUAAGUGGCCUUUUUACUGCCUUACACGAUGAGGUAUGUGUUUUAAGUGUUGAGCAGCACUAGAUCUACCUUGCAUUCAUUUAUUGGUGAAUAAAUCAAAUGAACCUGAUAUGAUUGGUUUCAUUUCCAGCACACGCAUGAUGUAAAUCACGUUUGUUUGGUUUUUUUGUACAAAUGGUUAUCCUACUUACUGAAUGAAUCUUAAAGAUUAAAAAUAUCGUUGACAA